AUGGCAAAGGCUGCUGAUAAAAAACCAGCUGAGAAGAAGCCAGCUGGUGAGAAGUCUCCGGCGGAGAAGAAGCCACGAGCUGAGAAGAAGAUUCCAAAGGAAGGUAGCGCUGACAAGAAGAAGAAGAGAUCGAAGAAGAGUGUUGAGACUUAUAAGAUCUACAUCUUCAAAGUUCUGAAGCAGGUGCACCCUGAUAUCGGUAUUUCAAGCAAGGCCAUGGGAAUUAUGAACAGUUUCAUCAAUGAUAUCUUUGAGAAACUUGCUCAGGAAUCCUCGCGUCUUGCUAGGUACAACAAGAAGCCAACCAUUACCUCCAGGGAGAUUCAGACUGCGGUCAGGCUUGUCCUACCUGGGGAACUUUCCAAACAUGCGGUCUCAGAAGGGACAAAGGCUGUGACCAAGUUCACUAGCUCUUAG